AAUUUGAUAUCAUCGCGGGACGAGGCACGGCAAAGAAAAGGGGGACGAUAGCGUUCGGAACGUGCACGCAUUUUCUUUUUUGUUUUUGCACGUGUCGUCCGACACAUGUAUCGCCACAGUAUUGAACUUGGAAGAGACUUCAUUCCGCUCGAAGUCUAGAUGCAGAGGCUACGCUUGCGUCCGGAGGCCGUCCAGUGACGUAAAUAUCCAAGAAUUUCAGCGGAUCGUUAAAAUUUGUUUGUCCACAUCAGCCCCGACGUUCGGGACGUGGUUUAACUGCGACUGGAUUGUGACGGCGCGGUGCACGCGCAAAUUCCAUUUUAAUGGAGGGCUUGAAGGACAUUAUACCGCUCAAUUUUAUCGAAUGCGCCCUCUGCGUGCCUCACUUCUGCUGCGGGGCACUGUUUGGCAUAGGAUUCUGCGCUUACUACUUUUUCGAAGUUGUCAAAACUCCUAUACUCUAUUGUGCCACAGGACCAUUCCAAGAUUUUUUAGUCGAAAAUUUGCCAAUUUUAAAAAGUAAAUAUUGGCCAACGCUAUGGUGCUUCGAGUCUCGUGCGCAAACAAUAUUCGCAUGCAUCGUGCGCGCAAGAAUGCUACCAAGCAUAAAGUACCGAAGGGAAAUGUUGACAUUGUCAGACGGCGGGGAAGUAGCAUUAGAUUGGGCAGAGGAAAAUUCAAGCCCAGCCUCGCCAAUCGUUAUUAUCUUACCUGGUUUGACAGGCGCUAGCCAAGCGGAAUAUAUAAGAUGCCUUGUUUACGCGGCCAAAAACUCUGGAAUGAGAUGCGUGAUAUUCAAUUACAGAGGCAUGGGUGGAGUGAAAAUCAAGACGCCCAAGUUUUACUGCGCGGCAAACUGUGAAGACCUUGCCGAGGUCGUUGAUCAUGUCAAAAAGCUGCACCCUCAGACUAUUCUCGGCGCUGCAGGAAUUUCCAUGGGAGGAUUAUUACUUGGCAAUUAUUUAGCCCAAUAUGGAAGUAACGCAGUGGGAAAAAUCAAAGCGGCCUUGAUUAUUUCGGUACCGCUGAAUAUUUUCGAAGCGACGAAGAGCAUUGAAAAGCCGUACCUGAAUUUACUGUUGAAUAAGUAUCUCUGUGAUAAUUUGCAACAAAUAUUGAUGCAUCACGUUGGCCGAGACCAAUUCCCAGACGUGGAUUUGGAGAAUGUGUAUAAAAGCAAGACAGUUCGAGAAUUCGAUGAAAAUUUUACGUCCAGGCAUUUUGGAUAUAGAGACGCUGAGCAUUAUUACGCAAAUGCAACUCUUCACAAUAAGCUGCAUCUUAUCGAAAUACCACUACUUUGCUGGGGUGCCGCUGACGACCCAUUCCAACCUUUCGAAGCUAUACCUUUAAAAGAAGUGAGCCAAUUGAAUAAUGUGGCAAUGGUUGUGACGUCAAGAGGAGGUCAUAUUGGAUUUUUAGAGGGUUUUUGGCCCCUCAAAGAGGAGCAAUACAUAGGCAGAAUAUUUUCUCAAUAUUUCACAGCAGUAUUUACGGUCGGAAACAACCAUCCUGCAUUUAUUUAACGAACCCUAGAAUUUUCAAUAAAUAUAAUACAUUCAACAAGACAAAUCAACUGUGAUAGCUGAAGCAAUGCUUUGAAGAAUAAUUUAAUUAGUUAAGUCGUGCUUAUAUUAUACUUACCUCGAGUAAUGUUUCAAGUACCGCGUAAUUCUUAGAAAAUUAGCAAGCUAUUUGAAAGGAAUAUUAUAUAUAUAUAUAUUUUUUUUUUUUGAACGAGAAAGAUAGUAUUCCUUAUUUUUCUUUAAUCACAAAUACCUAUUGAUACAAAUGAUUCAUAAAACAAUAGCUUAUCUCUUAAAUCCAUUGUAAAAAAUAUCGUGGAAAGCUUAA